CUGAGCCCAGCCUGGGAGCGAGGAAUGCCUGUGUUCUCCUGCUCUGGCUCUAGGCAAGCGUCGCCAGCCAGCUCGCCACCCCCUUGGGCUCCCUUUGUGUAUGUACGUGGAACGCUGGGACGUGCUACGUGCAGCGAAUGGCUCGGUGCCCGGCCAACGCCAUCCUGUGCCACCCUCACAUUCUUUGCCUUUGUUGCUGCACAGCUGGGCUGAGGAGCCUCAGGCAGCACCAGGGGAGCAGCUGCCUCUCCCUGCUCUUCACAGAACUCUUUGGAGUUGGUGGCUAGCCCUGGUGAUUUCCAAGACUCCUGACCAGGGUCCCUAUGUAGUGCAGUGCAGAGGGACAGGAUACAGCACUUCCAGGGGCUCUGACAAACAUGAUUUCUAAGUGCAAGCUUGCCAACCUGUGAAACUACAUCUACUCCAUGUCUCCUUGGGAUACUGGAAGAAAAUGGGAAUGAAGCCAUCAGCCCUUCGGAAACUCCAACUAGUAAAGGAGACUGCAACACAUCUCCUUUUCAGCACAGAUUUCAGCAAUCAUCUGACCUAUCCUGUGCUUCUACACUGGCUCCCCAAAGAAUAGUGAGGCAAAUUGAAGAUCUCAGUCACUAUCUUCAAGCUGUUCCAUGGCAUAUCUAAAAGAGUCUAAAGGUGCGGGAUGCUGGCUGCAGUUGACAGCUCUGCUCCUCAGGCACCAUGCUACUCUUCAGUAGGGUAAAACUGUGCAAGAGACAGCGCUUUCUCAGGUGCCAGUCUGAGAUGGUGGAAUGAACUCCUCCAGGUGAUAAGAGCCAUCACAAACCUCCUCACUUUCUGCUCUGAGUACCGGGUGCACUAUGCCUCCCUGCCUUCUCUAAUGCAAACACAGAGCAGCGUGGACUGGUAAACAAAACAAAACCUUCCAAAAUCAUGCCCUACAUUGUACACACAAUUCUGUCCCUGGGAAGGUGAUGAGAGAAAACCCCACACAGUAGAGAUGUUAAUCAUUGGCAUAAUGCACAACUGGAAGUCAUUCAGAUAUUACAGUGAUGAGAGCAGGAUAAGAACCAAUAUGGGAUAGAAUAGAACUGCAGACAAACUGUCCUGAAUGUGACCCUGUUUGCAGGCACUGUCUGCUAGUACUGCCUGGGAUAUGACUCCCUUUUCAAAUAUCUCUUUGCUUUGAAGCUUGAAAGAGCUGUACAGUAUCAUUAAUGGUCCCUCCUGGGCAGAGCGUGCCAACCUUCCUCAAGCAGUCCUACUGAUUUCAGUGAAAAUACUCAUGAGUAGGAUAUAACUCAAUGGGUGAUGUCCUGGCUUCAUUGAAGUCAAUGGCAAUACUCCUCCCGCAAAAUAAAGGUGUUAGAUCCUUUGACCAUGUCUAGCACCUUAAGCUGGUUGUGCCAGUCUUGUUCUGAAUCUCACUUUUGGAGAGAGGGAAUACUCAGCGUGAGCAGCGUGGCAGUCAGCCUGUUGUAAGACUAGGCAAAUAUCUAGAUGAAUUGAUGUACCCCCUGGAAGACCUGUAUAUGCCCAGGGUACAUGUAACCCUGGUUGAGAAUCACUGCAAGUGCUCAAACUCUUCCAUGAGAAUUAGCGGGAUAAUCCACGUGGACCUGGAGAUCUCAGUCUUGCGACUUAAACUGCCACAACAAAGUUCAAGCAGAUCUGAGAUGGGGAUGCCAAUAUCUUCAGGAGCUGAAGGACAUGUUGGGUUUGGGGUUGACACAUCCGUCAAGUGGCUACCAGAAGGAGGACAGGGCACACACUCGCCGCUACCUUGCAAAGUCAAUUCCUACCUGCAGAGAUAUUUGUAUUGGCACCCUGAGGCCACACAGAGGAAAGCUGGUGGGCAAUCACAAGGUGCUGCCAGCGUAGCCAGAGCGCCACAGCCAGCACAGUGCAAGCUAGAUCCUACAAAGGAAAAACAUGCUACAGAAGGAGAGACCACACAGAAACAUCAGCAAGAACAUGCAGCUCCCGAAAGUGGUGUAGGCUCGACCGCUCCAGCCUGCAACGCUAACAGUAAUACAUCUGCCAGUGCCAGGAAUGCUACUGCUGCCAGCAAAGACAGUGGCUCCAAAAUCUCAGCUCCCAGGUCGUCUAUCUGCACCCUGUUGUAAGAGUCUGCUCACUGCUUGUGGAGAGAGAACUCACUCAGCAUCUUCGAUUGUGCCCCUUAGAGAGAAUGGGGAUGGAGAGACGAUGAUCGUAGUGGUGUGUUAUGAUUUUUAAAGUAAGGUGAAAGGGAGGCCUAAGAAGCAAAAUAUCAUCUGCCCAGAAGCGAAGGCUCUCAGUUAUGGGCCUUCCAUAAUCAUGGACUCAGUUCUGAAUGCCAGUCUCAGCUUCAUGGCAGCCUGCUCUGGAGCAGCGUAGUGCUGCCAUGUGCCCUUCUAGAAUGCAGUGAGUGGCUAAGCUGAAACCUCAGGAAAUACAAAGUAUGUGCCACACUCGUAGCACAACCUUAACUCUGCCUCCUGGCGCUGGCAAUAUCCACUGAGAAUGAUUAAGUAAAGGAGGUGCCAUAAUAAGGAGGCAUGAGGAAGGACUGAGACAGGGGCGGCUCCAGGCCCCAGCACGCCAAGCGCGUGCCUGGGGCAGCAAGCCA